UGCCCGGUGGCAGUGGCGAGCUCGGCGUGUGGCCGGCUUCUCCCCGCGGCGGAGCAAAGAGAGGUGCGGGAAGAGGCGGCGGGGGCAACGUUCCGGAGCGGCCUGGGGGUCUCGGGCGGCCGCAGAGACGGAGCAGGCGGCCCGGGGCCGGGGAGUGGCGGCCCCGUGGGCCCCGUGGGCAGGAUGAGCUUAACCCCGAAGGAGCUCGCGAGCCUGCUGAGCAUCAUCUCCGAGGACGCGGGCGGAGGCAGCACCUUCGAGGGCCUGUCCACCGCCUUCCACCACUACUUCAGUAAAGCCGACCACUUCCGCCUGGGCUCGGUGUUGGUGAUGCUGCUGCAGCAGCCGGACCUGCUGCCCAGCGCGGCGCAGCGCCUCACCGCGCUCUACCUGCUCUGGGAGAUGUACCGCACCGAGCCGCUCGCCGCCAACCCGUUCGCAGCCAGCUUCGCGCACCUGCUCAACCCGGCGCCGCCUGCCCGCGGCGGCCAGGAGCCCGACCGGCCUCCGCUCUCAGGGUUUUUGCCUCCUAUAACUCCACCAGAAAAGUUUUUUCUUUCCCAGCUGAUGCUGGCACCUCCAAGGGAACUCUUCAAAAAGACACCUCGCCAGAUUGCAUUGAUGGAUGUUGGAAACAUGGGCCAGUCUGUGGACAUUAGCGGGCUGCAGCUAGCUUUGGCUGAACGCCAGUCUGAAUUGCCAACUCAAAGUAAAGCUAGCUUCCCAAGUAUUCUUAGUGACCCAGAUCCGGAUUCUUCUAAUUCUGGAUUUGACAGCUCAGUUGCCUCUCGAAUCACAGAGUCUUUAGUCAGUGGACCAAAACCGCCUAUUGAAAGCCAUUUUCGGCCAGAGUUUAUCCGGCCACCACCACCUCUCCAUAUUUGUGAGGAUGAACUGGCCUGGCUAAAUCCCACAGAACCUGAUCAUGCCAUUCAGUGGGACAAAUCAAUGUGUGUUAAGAAUAGCACUGGUGUGGAGAUCAAGCGAAUCAUGGCCAAAGCUUUCAAAAGCCCUUUGUCUUCUCCCCAACAAACACAGCUUCUUGGUGAAUUGGAAAAAGACCCCAAACUUGUUUAUCACAUUGGCCUUACUCCAGCAAAACUUCCAGAUCUGGUGGAAAACAACCCUCUAGUGGCUAUAGAAAUGCUACUGAAAUUAAUGCAGUCAAGCCAGAUCACGGAGUACUUCUCUGUCCUAGUCAACAUGGAUAUGUCCUUACAUUCAAUGGAAGUUGUAAAUAGAUUAACUACAGCUGUUGAUCUACCUCCUGAAUUUAUUCACCUUUAUAUAUCAAAUUGCAUCUCUACUUGUGAACAAAUUAAGGAUAAAUAUAUGCAGAACCGGCUGGUGCGUCUUGUGUGUGUCUUUCUCCAGUCUUUGAUCCGUAACAAAAUUAUUAACGUGCAGGACUUGUUUAUAGAAGUGCAGGCCUUCUGUAUUGAAUUUAGUAGGAUACGAGAAGCUGCAGGCCUGUUCCGGUUGCUGAAGACACUGGAUACUGGAGAAACCCCUUCAGAGACCAAAAUGUCAAAGUAAUACCUCAUCAGAACUGCCCCUUUUGUUGCUCACCUAUUCUGAUUAGUUUUUAAAACUGUUAAAACUCAA